CAAAAAUUAGCGCUAGUCGCUACGGAUUGGAAUUUUUUCUGGCCUCGCACUUGAACUUGUCACACGCACGCAAACGUUGGCUAAACUUUUACAUAACAAUGAAAAGAUGACAAAGUAGUUUCAAUUAAAAUUUUAAGCAAAUUUACUUUCGGUGCUACCUAAAUUUACUGUACUUUAACCAUUGCGUGUGGCGCGUAAUUAUUGCAAAAUUGUAGUGUAAGAUGUUGAAAACGGUAUGCGUGAAUACGCGUUUAAAGUGUUGGUCUGAGUGUGAACAAUUGCUCCUGGCACUACAGCCACAAUGCCAUUCACAAGUACGAUAUAUAAGCCCUUUGUCUAUUUAUGAUAGACGCGUUGCCAACAAGGAAUUGUUACCGGAUAAGGAGCAAAAGACAACAACGGAGCGUUUGGAAGCACUUUACAACAGUGUCCAGAAUUAUAAACCAAUUAGUCGAAGUGGGGGUGGUAGUGGUGGUUUUUUCAGCACUCUAUUUAAAGGUGACAAAAACAAAAAUAGCGUUGAGCUAAAUGUCGGUCCCGAAGUUCCACAAGGACUAUAUAUUUUCGGCAGUGUUGGCGGCGGAAAAACUACUCUGAUGGAUAUGUUUUUUGAUGCUUGUACAGAUAUUCAACAAAAGCAGAGAGUCCAUUUCAAUUCAUUCAUGACGGACGUACACAAACGCAUACACGCAACUAAACAGCAACGGGGUCCAAGUGAUAGGGCAUUUAACACUGAAAAUCCAACACCAUAUGACCCAACACGUCCAGUAGCAGACCAAAUAUUAUCUGAAUCAUGGCUUAUUUGUUUCGAUGAAUUCCAAGUAACUGAUAUAGCAGACGCUAUGAUACUAAAACGCUUAUUCACGCACCUUUUCAACGACGGUCUUGUAAUGGUGGCGACAAGUAAUCGUCAUCCCCAAGAAUUGUACAAAAAUGGAUUGCAACGUAGUAAUUUUCUCCCCUUUAUCGAUAUAUUACAACUUCGUUGUAAAGUUAGCGAACUGAAUAGUGGCAUUGAUUACCGCCGCAUUGCACAAUCGGGCGAUACAAAUUAUUUCGUUAAGUCAAAGACAGAUGCUAACGCCGAAAUGGAACGUAUGUUUAAAAUUCUAUGUACUCAGGAGAACGAUAUUGUGCGUCCGCGUACCAUAACACAUUUUGGACGAGAUCUGACUUUCCAGAAAACUUGCGGUCGUGUUUUAGACAGUACUUUUGAAGAGCUUUGUGAUCGUCCACUGGCGGGUAGUGAUUAUCUACAAAUUGCACAACUUUUCCAUACAGUGCUAAUACGAGACGUGCCCAAAAUGAAUUUAUUCAUUAAAUCUCAAAUGCGACGAUAUAUUACACUCAUCGAUACGCUUUACGAUAAUCGCGUAAGGGUGGUUAUCUCUGCCGAAACACCACUUGACAGACUUUUUGACAUCACAGACAAGCCCACCGGACUGGCGGACUCUGAGCGAACGUUGAUGGAUGACUUAAACAUUAAACAUGGUUCUAAUGAAGCAGCGGCUAACUAUUUCACUGGGGAAGAAGAAGCAUUUGCUUUCGACCGAACAAUUUCCCGAUUAUUUGAAAUGCAAAAGAAGGAAUAUUGGGAACAAUGGGCUAAGCACCGUUAAAAUGUUUUGUUUUUAGUUCGCGAAACAUGCAAUUUGGUUAGUGUUCAUUUGUACUUAAUAUAAAUUUAAUAUAGAAAAUCGAAUGCAUGUAAAAAUAUGUAUACAAAAUUUGUCGACCAGAAAUUGUACGCAAGGCUUAAAAUUAUUCUUACAAAAAAUAAUUUAUUAACUUAAAUUAACUUUAUGUGCAUAAAGCUCCAUAUAUAUUAUUAUGCUUUUGAAAGGUGUUAUACAAACAUACAUGAAAUACUUUGAGUAUUAUCAAAGCUAUUUUAGAGCUUAAAAUUAUUGUGCAAAUUUUAUUAUUAGUAAAAUGUUUAAUAACUAGUUAUAAACUAGACAGCGUAUACUAAUCAUGGAAAUCGUACCAAUGUUGAAUGUAAUAAAAGCAAUACGAUAAGUAGUUUACAAACAUCGAGCACAAAA